CGCACUGCGCAUGGGCGAGGUUUUCGGUUAAGGACUGAGGUGGCAGUUGGAAAUGUGCGUGGCGCGUUUCUAAUGCUAGAAUGAAGAAAAACAUUUGAUUUAUGAACACUUAAAUAAUAAAUUUAGUACAAAUCUGUACAUCCAUAUACAAUAUAAAAUGUCUAAACGUAUUGGCUACGCUCCUGGCUACUUCCGCAUGCUUGAUAACGCACGUCUGAUGCAGACCCACGAAGCUGUGGUCGAAAUAAUUAAUGGAAAGCCUACACAAUACGAACUUUUAUUUAAUGCCCUGGGAUAUGGUUCUGGACUCGGGCUGGAUUACCAAGAUCAUACGUACAGUUAUGAGGAUUUGACUGAUGAUGAUGAUGAUGAUGAUGAAUAUGGCAGUCAAAACAACAAAUAUUGUGGCUUUGCUCAAAACUUUCUAGAUAAAGGGAUUUUUAAACAACUGCCUGCAAUAACGCAUUAUAAAACAGUGAAAUGCAUCACACCUGAGGAGGCUGCCAAAAAUGCUAAAGAACUUGUAGCUGAAGAGGAAAAGCUUAAGAAAAAAACACAAAAGAAAAAACAGAAGAAAAUGAGGCAGCGAGAGAGACGUCGGUUAGAAAGAAUAGAAAAGGAAAAUGGGAAGAAAGAUGGUGCCAAACAGGAAGCUGCUUCUGCUGCUCCAGUUAAAUCUAAACCUUCAGAAAGAGAGUGUGAAAGUAAGAAAAAAACAAAUAACAGUGUACUCCCAGAUCCUGACCCACAGUGCAAUUCACAAGCCACAGAGAGCAGUGACAGUUUUGAUGAUGAUGAUGAUGAUGAUGAUGAUAAAGAGAGUGUAGCUGAUGAAUUGGAGCUUGAUAUGAGCAGCUGCUUUGUGACCAAUGCUGCAGCCAUCGCAAAACGCAAACUUGAGCAGAAACCUAAACCUGACAGGAAAGACAAAAAAGCUGGAAACAUCAAGAAGCAUGAAACAGUACAAAAUACAAAAGAGCCUCAGAUUGAGACUGUUAAUGAAAAGGAGGCAUCAGAGGAACCGGAAAAGGAUAAUGUUACAAGGAGCAUGGAGCUGGCAGUGAUUGGGAAUAAAUAUGCUCAAACAGGAAAUCUGGAUAUGGCUGUGAAGUAUUUUACUGAUGCUAUAAAGCACAAUCCUCAAGAGGUUAAGUUGUUUGGAAAUCGCUCUUUCUGUUAUGAGAAAAUGCAGCAAUAUGGGAAGGCUUUAAUAGAUGCAGAUAUUGCUCUUUCACUGAACCCCACAUGGAUUAAAGGUCUCUAUAGAAAAGGGAAAGCAUUAGUUGGGCUUAAGAGAUACUAUGAGGCUUGUUUGACAUAUAAAGAAGUUUUAAAGCUUGACAGCUCCUGUACUGAUGCUGCUCAUGAGCUCAUGAGGGUACAGAUAAUGCAGUUAAUGGAUAUGGGAUACACUAGAGAGCAAAGUUCGAAUGCUCUGAUUAUACAUGGAACAGUAGAAAAAGCUUUAGAAGCACUCUCUGGUUUGCAUGGUAAUAUGGCAGCCGCUGAAGAAGUAAGAGUUUAUCCAGAGAGAAAUACUCAACCAGCAAAAGUCCUACUCCAAAACGUGUCCCAGAACUCACCUAAAGUCAACACAGCUUUACCGCCUAACCGAGAGCUGUUUCCAGUCUGGGUUGGGGAUCUUGUGCCUGCUUUAACAGAAUUAAGACUUCGUGAGCUGUUCAGCAAUUUUGGGCAAGUCCAUAGUGUAAGAUUAUUGCCAACAAGACGCUGUGCUUUUAUUAACUACACCAACAAGGAGAACUGUGAGAGAGCCAUAAAAGAAAUGAAUGGCUUUCGUGUAGCAGGGACUUGUCUUGCAGUUCGUUAUCCUGACAGAAUCCACACACAUCUUGGUGUAUCCAAAACUGCAACAACAGAUGCAGGAAAAGUAAAUAAGUUUCCUGAUGAGUGUUAUUUCUGGAGGACGACAGGUUGUAUCAAGAAUAACCGGUGCCUCUAUCGCCAUGUACCUGAACACAAGGGCAUUGAUCUGUCUAAAGUUAAGUGAUAGGGUGUCACAGAAUUGCUAGCAGUAAGAUUGACGUUAAUCCGUGUUUCUCAUAUCACAUUUAUUAAUGACCAUUAUCAGCUAAACAAAUAACCAAAUACAUAACAAUAUAAACAAAGUUACAAUCGCUAUCAAAUUAUUAACCAACUGGAUUUUUUUUUUAUUAAUAUUUCUAUUCAAUUAAAUUCACUAGAAAGGUUAAUUAUGUUUUUCAUUUGCUGUUAGAAUCCUGAAUUAGUAUAACCAUUCUUUCUUUCUGUACUUUUAUAUCUAAAACCAGAAAGUAUUGUGUUUUGGUUUAUGUCAAGUAGAAGGUUUUAGCUGUUUUAGCUAUUUUCCCUGCCUUUAUAAAUCAAUUUUAUUUACUUGAUUAAGAAACCUUUCAAGAGCCUUAUUUCCAUUCUACUGGACACUAGAUUUUCUUUUCUUUUUCUUUUUUUUAAGUGUAAUAAAGAUCAGAAAAUGUU